AAUCGAAGAAGAAGUGGUACGCGUGUAUGACGCGCUUUACAAAACUGCUGUUCAGUUGACGAAUAUUGGGCAGUUGGAUUUUGAUUAAAUUAUGUUCAUUAAAAAACCAAGAAGAAACUUCAGGACAAGGCGGGAUGAAUCAAGUGAAGAAGAUGAACAGAAAUCUAACGAGGGAGAAGAAAAACGCGUUAAAGCAGCUCCUGUUCUACGACGGUCAAAGCUGCCGCAAAGCAGGGGAAUUUCCUGCACUUCCAAGCCAGAGGUGGUGAGCGACAAAUCGCCGCCACGAACUGCUGAAGAUGCCGACGAUACGAACGAGGGUGAUACACAUGGGAAGCCGUUACAACUGGCUGACAAGGAGGAAAACCUGAUUAAUGAUAUGAGUUUGUCUGAUAAAAAUGAAGGUGCUGUGCCUGACCCCCAGCAGAUCUAUGCUGCAGUGAAGCAGAGGAGAGCAGCCAGAGCACAGAGAGAGUACCUCCCCCUGGAGCCUGGGCAGGAGCAGGGGUCAGAGAGGGACAGUGAUGAUGAUGAUGAUGAUGAUGAUGAUGACCAUGACCAACAAAUCCAGUUUGCUCCAAAGCUCAAGACCCUUAGACAGAGGAUUGCUGAGGAGAUGAGAGACAGUGAGGAUGACGGAAUGGGCAGUCAGGGAGACGAAGACCAGACUCUGUGGGAGGAACAGCAAAUCAGAAAAGGAGUCAAGAUGUUCAAGGAGACUGUGAGAGCGACGAAGAAAUGUGAUAUUCCUGCAUCUCUUCCACAAAUCAGUAUCGACAUUGUAAAAAAGAGAGUCAGUGCAAAGCUGGGUGCACUGGGGCAGGUGCACAGGGGCCGGGCGAUGGAGUUGCGGAGGAUCCAGCAGGAGAUGGAGAGUGCGCGGGCUGCCCUGGACCAGCUGGAGAACGGAUCCCCUCAGGAGCAGCACAGCUUCUACAAGCGCAUGCGGCUGUACAGCCAGAACCUACUGCAGUGUCUGGGGGAGAAGGUGGUGGAGAUUAAUGCCGUGGAGCUGGAUAUGUGCACUCUCCUGAGCGACCAGGCUGAGGCGCUGCUGGGCCGCAGGCGUGAGGCCGUGAGGGAGGAGUCUACCCAUCUGCAGCUGCAGGCCUGGACCCUGUCAGAAAGGCACUUUACAGAUGAAACAAAGAACAUUUUGACAAAAACCAGGAUUGAACCCCCAAAAACCAGGACUGAACCCCCAAAACGCAAGCGAGAUAAAACGGAAGGUGGACAUGCACACAACGCCCAGUUAGAGGUGCUGGGGCAAAGAUCGGGCUGUGUUGAUGAGGGCCUGCCGAAGGGGGAUCAGCCUCUCCCUGAGGAGGAUGCAGAGCUGUAUAGGAGGAGAGAUGAGAUCCUGAAGGAAGCAGAGAAUAUCUUUGUGGAUGUUCAUGAAGACUUCUCCGACGUGAGGAACAUUCUGUCUAAGUUUGAGGAAUGGAGAGUCUUGUUCCCAGAGUCGUAUGACAACGCGUACAUCAGCCUCUGUCUCCCCAAGCUCCUCACUCCUGUCAUCAGACAUCAGCUCAUCGGCUGGAACCCCUUAAAUCCUGACUGUGAGGACAUAGCGGCACACCCCUGGUAUCCUGCUGUGGAGAAGUUCUGUCGCAGGCAGGGAGGCGAGGACCUCACGGUCCUCAAGUCCAUCAUCGAGAGGACCAUUGUCCCAAAAAUCCAAGGUUUCGUGGAGCUGGUGUGGGACCCUCUGUCCAUGGAACAGUCUCGCUGCCUAGUCAGCGUUUGCCAAAAUCUGCAGGAUGAUUACUUGAUAUUCUCUGGCAACCAGAGCAAACCUGCCAAGGCUCUUUUAGAGGCUGUGGCAGUUCGGAUGAGGAGCGCUGUGGAUGUAGAUGUCUUUAUCCCUCUUUAUCCUGCAAAGUUUUUAGAUGAUGCAUCUUCCCUACAAUUUCAGUUUCAAGACAAGCAGUUCUGUUCUGCUGUGAAGCUUCUGCACAACAUCACACUUUGGCACGGUUUGGUUCCAGAGGAUGUGUUGAUAGAACUGGGUCUGAACAGACUCCUGAGCCGGUACCUCAUGAUCACUCUGCGGAACGCACCCUGUGGAGAGCACGCUGUAGAGAAAUGCAAAAAGGUUGCUGCAUGUUUUCCCAAGUCCUGGUUUGAACAUGUGAGCUGUUGUCCAUCCAUUCCUGAACUUCAGAUCUUCAGCAAGCACCUACUUCAGACAGCACAUGCCCUGUGCAAGAGCCCACACGCCAGCACCAGGGAUACUGUGAGUGAGCUGCUGAUUCUUCUGAGGAACAUGAAAGCGUUGGACAGUGUGACUGAGAUAGUGGAAAAGUACCACUUUGAGGGAUUUUAAGGACGCUUUUGGUAGGUUUGUACAGAUGACUGCAUGUAUUACUUUGUUCUCUUGUAUAAAACUUUCAGUUAUAGUUACAUUUCCUACUGCCAUCAGAUGUAUUUUUCUACGUAAUUUGAUUUGUCUAGCAUUGUUGCUAAAUAAUAAAUUGUAUAACUUUU